UGAGGUGCACGACUUGAACAAGUAUCCCCUCUACGUCGUCAACAAUACCCAAGAUGCUCACAUCUCGCAUCACUCCCUCGCUCCGCCGUGCGGCUCUGCGCACCAUGUCCACAUCGUCUUCGUCGUCGUCGUCCUCCACCGUUCCCGCCGCCAAACCUUCGUCGAGCACCACCCCCGUGCCAGCCGCGACGGCUCAAGCACCGAACUACCCCUCCACCUGGUCCACACACCAACGUCAGCGCCCGAACGCCGCCUCUGGGCCGAGGUUCGAGCAGACGAUCAUGGAGUUGCAGCCUGCCCCGUUGAGCGCUCUUGAGAUGAUUGCGAAUGAGCCGGUUAGGGUCGUGCAGGGGAGGAAGGCGGUUUGCGAUGGAGGUGUUGGUCCCCUCGGACAUCCCAAGAUCUUCAUCAACUUGGACAAGCCAGGCCCUCAACCUUGCGGAUACUGCGGUAUCCGUUUUGAGCAGGACCCUCACCACUCUCAUAGCGGCCACUGAGCUGAUGGCUUACCGUGAUGUUAGAAGGACGCCCUAUGUUCCGAUCACUCUCUGUAAUGCUGGUAUCACCUCAAUGCAUUGUAGUCUGUGGCAGGUACUAUCACUAUAGAAGAUUCAAACCUCGG